AUGCCCUCCGAAAGCACCCCACUCUUGCAAACUGUCCCCGUAGCGGAGCAGCACCAGCGAUACCCACAUCGAUCGCUGCGUAGAUACUGCACCAUUGCGCUCGCCUGCAUCCCCAUCGUCACCCUCGUCGUGAUCCUCGUCCUCAUAGGCAUCGGAGCUCGCGGCGAUGUGCUGGGCAAUGGCGACGACGAUGCCGUGCUUCUUGCCCUGACGAAAGGCGGACUGCCGCACAAGUCGUGGCCUGCAUCGCAAGGCCUGAGCUAUGCCGAGCUGAAAGACAUCCUACGAGACACCCCCGAUCCGAUGAAAGCGAGGGAAUGGAGCCAGUACUACGCUUCAGGCCCGCACCUCUGCGGCAAGAAUCUGAGUCAAGCGGAGUGGACGCGAGACUUGUGGGAAGAGUUCGGUGUCAAGCACUCGGAGAUUGUGACCUAUGAUCUAUAUCUCAACUACCCCGUGGACAGCGGGCUGGCCCUGUUGGAAGAUGGCAAGGUGGUGUUCAAAGCCACUCUGGAGGAAGACGUGCUGCCCGAGGACCCCACGACUGGUCUCGAGGACAGAAUCCCGACCUUCCAUGGCUACUCCGCGAGCGGCGAUGUGACGGCGCAGUAUGUCUUCUGCAACUACGGCAUGUAUGAUGACUACGAGGAACUCGAGAAAGCCGGCGUGGACUUGAAGGGCAAGAUCGCCUUGGUCAAGUACGGUGGCAUCUUCCGUGGCCUCAAAAUCAAAGGGGCCGAGGAGAAGGGCAUGGUUGGCGUGAUCAUGUACGACGAUCCUGGUGACGAUGGGGAGUUUACGGAGGAGCAUGGGUUCAAGCCUUACCCGCAUGGACCUGCCAGGAACCCAAGCAGCUUGCAGAGAGGGAGUGUGUCAUACUUGAGCGUCGCACCCGGCGACCCAACAACCCAAGGCUACCCAUCCAAACCAGGAGUACCUCGCCAGUCUGUCGAAGGCAAGAUUCCAAGCGUUCCAUCCCUACCAAUCUCUUACGCGGAAGCACUUCCGUUGCUCAAGGCUCUGAACGGACAUGGGCCGAAUGCGUCAUCCUUCCCUUCGUCCUGGCAUAACGGGGGACUGGGCUACAAGGGCGUGGAGUACAGCGUCGGACCGUCGCCCGAGUCGUCAACCGUCCAUUUGAUGAACGAACAGGAAUACGUCAUCACGCCGGCAUGGAACGUGAUUGGUGUCAUCAAUGGCUCGAUUCCGGACGAGGUAAUCCUGAUCGGCAACCACCGCGAUGCUUGGAUCGCUGGCGGUGCAGGCGAUCCCAACUCCGGGUCCGCCGCACUCAACGAAAUCAUCCGAUCCUUCGGCAAAGCCCUCGAGAAAGGCUGGAGGCCGCAAAGGACCAUCGUCUUCGCAUCGUGGGAUGGGGAAGAGUACGGCUUGCUGGGCUCCACCGAAUGGGUGGAAGAAUACCUGCCCUGGCUGUCCGACGCAGCCAUAGCGUAUGUCAACGUCGACGUGGGCGCCGUCAGCCCCAACCUCCGCACCUCGGCUGCUCCGGUGUUGAACAAGGCACUCUACGACAUCACAAGCUCCGUGCAAUCCCCCAACCAAACGACUAAAGGCCAAACUGUCCGCGACCUCUGGGACGGCCUAAUCUUCACAAUGGGAUCGGGUAGUGACUACACCGCCUUCCAGGACUUUGCGGGCAUCUCUUGCAUCGACAUUGGCUAUAGUGCUCAAGGCCCCGCGGAUCCUGUCUAUCAUUACCACAGCAACUACGACAGCUUUUACUGGAUGGACAAUUUCGGCGACCCGGGCUUCCUCUACCACACUUCUAUCGCACAGGUCGCCGGCCUUCUCGUCGCGAAGCUGGUCGAGGAACCUGUCAUCUCUUUCAAUGCCACCGACUACGCGUUCAGCCUGGAACGCUACCUGAACAGCCUAAAAGAGACUGUACCCAAGGAAGACGCACCUCGCAACUUCUUCGGUGCCCUCGACGCCGCAAUCGAAGCCUUCCAACGCGUCUCCGUCGCCUUUGACCACACAGCCUCGAAACUAAUCGAUCUGGCGAGCAGCAAGAAGCCAGGGAAUCGCGCGGAGCUGUACAGAUCCAUCCGCAGCCUCAACACCAAGUACAAGCUGCUGGAACGCCAGUUCCUUCACGCUCCGGGGCUCGACAGCCGCUCGUGGUUCAAGCAUGUCGUUUUCGCGCCGGGAUUGUGGACGGGGUAUGCGGGGGCUACGUAUCCGGGGUUGGUGGAGGCGGUGGCGGACAAGAAUGAGACUGCGAUUCGGAAGUGGGCGGAGAUUAUUGAGGGUGCGGUGCACCGCGCGACGGAUCUGUUGAUUCCACAAUGA